AUGGCGCCAGAAAACGAAAUCACCACCCUAGCGGUGCGCUCCAAGGAAGAUCCAACGACACUUACACCAGAAAUCCCCGGCGUGGCGAACAAGGAUGAAGGAAUAUACGCCGCGGAGACGACCAAUCGUCGCAAUCCCAUCGGAUCGCGAUUGGGCUCCCUUAUCAGACAGUUCGAGAACCAGCUCAUUGACUACAACCUUGAGGCGCGUGGUAUUGAACGGGUCGCCGUGGACGAGCGCAUGAAGCGAAACUCGUGGCUCUCGUAUUUGCAAGCGUUUCUGCUGUGGAUUUCCAUCAAUCUUGCGCCAAACAAUAUUACCCUGGGAAUGCUCGGCCCUGCAGUGUAUGGCCUCAGUUUCCGGGACUCGGCACUUUGUGCUGUCUUUGGUGCUCUGGUUGGUUCCGUGGUCUCCUCUUGGAUGGCGACAUGGGGUCCCGUUUCUGGGAUCCGCACUCUGGCUUUCGGACGUUAUUCGAUGGGCUGGUGGCCUAGCAAAAUCAUUGUGCUGCUGAACCUUGUCCAAAUGAUUGGGUACGGCUUGAUUGACUGCGUUGUAGGCGGGCAAAUCUUGUCCGCUGUCUCCCCCAAUGGCAUGUCUGUGGCUGUUGGAAUUGUCAUCAUUGCUAUCAUCAGCUGGGUAGUGGCAACUUUCGGUAUUCAGGUCUUCCACUAUUAUGAAAGGUUUGCUUUCAUUCCCCAGGUGAUUGUGGUUUGCAUUCUUUUCGGAGUGUCAUCAAUGAAAUUCGAUUUGUCAACUGUGUCCGAAGGGGAUGCCAGGACGGUAGCCGGUAACAGGCUAUCGUUCUUCUCCAUCUGUGUGAGUGCUGCAAUCACCUACGCCCCACUCGCAGCCGACUUCUUCGUCUACUACCCAGAAAAUACCUCGCGAGCUAAGAUCUUCAGUCUCAGCCUGGCGGGUUUGCUGGUCUCUUUCACCAUGGCCCUGGUGUGUGGCGUGGGCCUUGCUUCGGGUAUCCCCACACACCCAGAAUACUCCGCCGCUUACAAUGAAGGCCAAGGUGCAUUGAUCGUUGAAGGAUUUGGUCCGCUGCACGGCUUUGGCAAAUUUUGCUCCGUGGUCUGUGCCUUGGGCCUGAUCGCCAAUACCGUGGCGCCCACUUACUCUGCAGGAAUCGACUUCCAAAUCCUCGGCCGCUAUGCCGAGGCAGUCCCCCGUGUCAUCUGGAACACCAUUGCCGUAAUCAUCUACACCGUCUGUGCGCUUGUUGGCCGCAGCCAUCUCUCUGAGAUCUUCACCAACUUCCUAGCCUUGAUGGGCUACUGGGUUGCCAUCUGGACUGCCAUCACACUCGAAGAGUGUUUCAUUUUCCGUGCGCGCACGGGCUACAACUGGGCCAUCUGGCGGGAUCCUUCGAAAUUGCCAAUCGGCAUUGCAGGCUUCAUUGCCUUUGUCGUCGGAUGGGUUGGGGCUAUUCUGUGCAUGGCACAGGUUUGGUACAUCGGCCCCAUUGCGAAGUUGGUCGGUGCCUACGGUGCGGAUAUGGGAAAUUAUAUCGGUUUCUCUUGGGCUGCGCUUGUUUACCCUCCUCUCAGAUACCUUGAGCUCCACUUCGUGGGGCGUUAG